AUGGUGACGGCCACGCUCUGGGCUUCAAUGGAAGAGCGGAAUAGGAAGAUAACGAGCUAUAGAAAGCUAUCUCGACUAUUUUGCUUCAUCAAAGAAACCGUGGCGUCGCGAGCUUUGACCCGAACACCAGAUGAGGGAGUCGAUAUCGAUGAAAGGUACCAGAAGAAACCUCUCUACUCCGUCGCCGAGAUCCACGUCUACCUUCGUGGUAUACUAUCCAGGGAAGUGUUACAACACCAUAACACUUUAGAUAUAGAUGGUAAUCGCGAUCAUAGUGCAAUUUUUACGGUCGAGCACCGAAGUCACAAAGCAGCAGGAUCACACUCUGUCACCGGACCAGAACUGCCUCAACCGUGUGCUCUCCAGAAUCUGCGGCGCAAUAGUGGUGUCACAACACCCCGGGACUAUGAGACGAACAUCAACGUCAACGGGGACAAUGAGGGUGCAGUACCUGCUGUGACAGUGUCCUAA